CCCAAACGCAUAAAAAGCUGAAAGGGCAGUGAAUGGUUAAACGUCGCCUCCUGCCUUGUUUACGCCGGUGGUCCUACCCUCCCCCAUUCUCUCCUUUUCACUUCGCAUCCAUCCCCCAACUCCUCCUUCUGCCACUGUUUCAAACAGCUGAUUUCAGGAAAGAAGGCGAAAGGCAUAGCAGGACUGAGGGGAAAUACUGCGACAGCGAUGGAGAACACCGACACGCAUCCAUAACGCCUCUCGGUUGAUUACAGCUGGACUGCUGCAGUGCUGGCUCUACCAGCGGAGUUGCUUAGAAGCGAGUUUGCUAAAAGCUAACUUUGCAAACAUCUGUAGCUUCGUUAGCUUGUAGGAAGCUAGUCCUUUCAGUAUUUCCCUUUGGAACAGUUUGCUCAGAGUCUCGUGGGUUGUAGGUUUUAAAAUCACUCUCUCUCUACUGAUUUAAUGAAGAGCCGGGGCUUGCAAUGUAAUCUUUUUUUCGUAUGAGGACCAGAUAAACGGCAUAUAUAGGUCGCGUUGCAGUUUAAUUAGCCGGCUAACCUAGCUAGGUAACAGCUGGUGGGAGUCUAGGCUAGCUGAGUGCUGCUGCUACUGACCGGGGUUCAUCAGUUUCCCCCUUCAGCGAAAUAUCAGGGAUUUCUUUUAGUUGGUCUGAAGCUGCAAAGCAAGUCGAAGCGUAAGACGUAGCUGGCUACUCAGGCAGCCCUAAUGCAGGAGAUUCAGCUCAACUAACCAACGAUUUACGACUGACUUCGUUUCUUUCCUGCUGAGCUAGUUUGUUAGUUGUAGCUACUAAGACCGUAGCGAGCGAGCUAACGUUAGCUAGCAAACAAAGAUGAUCGGAGCGGAGUGAAUCGACUCCAAGACGUCUCAUUAUCUACAAAAUAAGCCAAAUAAGUAUUUACCUGCACGCAUUUCACUACAUAUUAAUCGUGUUAGUUUCAUACAGUUAGUUAUUUGUACAAAGUUCACAGACUUGAUCACAGUGGUGUGAUUAGCUGACUAGCUAGCCUAACUGUGCUAAACUGCUGUUCAGGGUUUGACCAAAUAACGUUACAUGUCUGUAUAUCGUGAGUUAUUUUGUCUUUUUGCUUCACGAUACAAGCGGAAAACGCCGUAAUAAUUUAGUCCAAGUAAAGUCAUAGCUACCUCAUCAAGCCCAUUAGCUAACGUUAGCUAAGUUAGGUUAAGGUAAUCAAGUUGUGUCCAGCAGGCUGUUCCAGCAGGUUGGAUUUAUCCAUCAGUGUUUACGUAAAUCGGUUGCUUUUCGGUGCGAGCUUUAGCGUUAGCGUGCGUGCAUUUUAGUCUUAUUUAUGAAAAUACUUUUUACGUUUUAAUGGGAUUAAUAAGCGUAGCUGCACAUCGCCAAACCAAUUCGUCGGCUGGCUUGCUCUAAUAGAAUGGCAUUCCAUGGGUCCGCUCGGCCAGUCGUGUGUGGUAACGUUAACUUGUUCCCUGGAUCGGAGUUAGGCCACAAGUAUUUCUGUGUGAACAGCACGACUGGUUCUACCUCCAGUGGACUAAGCGCGACCCAGAACCCAGCUGGGCCGGAGCAACCCACAGGAACUCCUAGACACCCGGCAUCUCUCGGCGGAAGCACAGGCGGAGGAGCCGCGGUCCCGCAGCCUCACAGCAACCCGGCCAGUGAGGUACCGAGUCCGGCUGAAAUGGAGCCCGAUCGACCAAUCGGUUAUGGAGCCUUCGGCGUCGUCUGGUCAGUGACAGACCCUCGGGACGGGCGGAAGGUGGCCCUGAAGAAGAUGCCCAAUGUCUUCCAGAACUUGGUCUCCUGCAAGCGUGUCUUCAGGGAGCUGCGGAUGCUGUGCUUCUUCAAACAUGACAACGUGUUAUCUGCUUUGGACAUUCUGCAGCCUCCACAGAUUGACUGCUUUGAGGAGAUAUAUGUGAUAACGGAACUGAUGCAGAGUGACCUGCACAAAGUCAUAGUGUCCCCUCAGCCUCUCACCACUGACCACAUCAAAGUGUUUCUUUACCAGAUACUCAGGGGCUUGAAAUACCUGCACUCUGCUGGUAUCCUGCACAGAGACAUCAAACCAGGGAACCUGCUGGUCAACAGCAACUGUCUGCUCAAGAUUUGUGACUUUGGAUUAGCCCGCGUAGAAGAGCCUGACCCCUCCCGUCACAUGACCCAGGAAGUGGUGACGCAGUACUACAGGGCCCCGGAGGUUCUGAUGGGCUCUCGGCACUACGGCCCAGCCAUAGACAUCUGGUCUGUGGGCUGCAUCUUUGCUGAGCUGCUGGGUCGUCGCAUCCUCUUCCAGGCUCAGAGCCCAAUCCAACAGCUGGAUCUUAUAACUGAUUUAUUGGGCACUCCUCCACUGUCUGCCAUGGCAUCUGCAUGCGAGGGCGCUCGAGCGCACAUCCUGAGAGGACCUCACAAACCGCCCUCACUCUCUGUUCUGUAUAUGCUGUCAGACGCGGCUACCCAUGAGGCAGUUCAUCUUCUGUGCCGCAUGCUGGUCUUUGAUCCAGCUAAGCGGAUCUCAGGCAGCGACGCUCUCUCUCACCCGUACCUGGAUGAGGGCCGUUUGAGAUACCACACCUGCAUGUGUCAGUGUUGUUACUCGGUUCCCAGCGGCAGGGUUUACACCCGAGACUUUGAACCACCUGCCGAGCGGCCGUUCAGCCACAGCUACGAGGAGAGCAUGCUCUCUGUCUGGCAGGGCAAAGAGCUUAUCCAUCGUUUCAUCACAGAGCACCAGCAGGGCAAACGAGUGCCUUUGUGCAUUAACCCCCAGAGUGCGGCCUUUAAAACCUUCAUUAGAUCCACUGCUUGGCAUUCCUCGAAAGUAUCCCGUAAAGAAGAGAGAUGAAAUGAAGACUCUGAUUAAAAUAGAAGGAGUAGUUAACCAUAGGAACAUGUGCUUGAGCUGACUGAUGGGUCUGAAAGACUAGGCUUCGACACAGGAACAUCCUAACAUCCAAAAAAAAUUCAAAGAAAAGAACUACAGUACCCGGUUCUGAAGACAAUAUUUCCAAGUGAGAAAUAUGCUGCUGAGAACAUUUUUAUACUGAGGAUUAUGAAAAUAAUGAAUUUGUAAAGGAAAAAAAAACCUUCAUGGAUUGAACACAAAAACGGCUCUGAUGAAAAUGACACAUUUGUGUUAAAGAAGUCCCUCAGUAUUGUGCAAUACCAAUGUCUGAGGAUGGGAGGUUUUGGUAUUUUGUGGGCUCUAACUGCCAUUCAGAAACUUCUCACUGUUCCUUCAAUCUCUGAGAGUAUGUUGUGUGUUCAUGUAGAGGUUCUUAGGUAAGUAAUUCAUGUUCCCCUCACAUCCCUCUCCACUUAAGCUCUUCCUGUAGGUUCUUUGUUCUAAACCAUCAUUUGUUCUAACGUUGGGUAGUUUCUGCUUAGCAUUAUGCUUUGAAAGUUUUUGCUUUCUUUUAUGUUCUACUGCACUGUACUUGCUUUUAUACUCGCAAUGCCAGUUUUUACCUGAUUUUGCCACUCGUUAGUUUAGGGUGGAGAUUGAGUAACGUAAACUGAGGGAAACUGUGUCUGCAAUCCUGAGAGCACAUCCAAAAGCCUAUGGGCUUUUACUUUCUCUUUUUGUUUUUUGAGAAUGUGUCUCUUUAGUGAUUGGAGUAAGGAAGUGCAUAGUUCACUUAACUGCAAUGCGAUUUCAAAGAAUUUUAGUUUUUACGUCUUUAUUUUUAAUUGUACUGUUUAUUUGCCAGGUUGUCUGUCUAAAAUGUUUGUCUUUUGGGGGGGGG